AUGUUCACCAUAAGGACAGCUGGCCGACAGGCCUUCAACGCUUCUAGAUGGAUGCGUGCUCGCUAUGUUUCCACCCUUGAAAGCAAUCCUGAUAUUUAUGUGUUUCCCAGUGAGGAACCAAAAGGAUCGCACAUUCUUUCCCUUCUGUCCUCAGAACCGGUGAACCCAAAAUUGGCCAUCGGAGUUACAACCAAGAUGCCGCCAACAACAGACUCGUUCACAGAGAACCCAAAGUUCCUCGACAUUCUCCAAGAGGUUUUCGCUAAACAUGCGCACGAAGAUCCCGAUGCACAAUCUCAAGCGCAGGUGAUGGUGUCCACAUCGGGGGCGAAUAUUAUGUCCGGUGGUGUGCUGUUGACUGGCCAGAGGGGCAGGAGAAGGCGUGCAGAGAUGGGUGAUUCCAGUGGCGGAGCAAGUGGUCAAGGCGGAGCUGGCUCUGGUGGACGGGGUGGCUGGAUACACGUCUCGGAUACCAGACGUCCUCCGGAGUAUGGCAGGAUUGCUUGGCCCGAGGAUAUGUUUGGCAGUCUCGAAGUUGAUGGCAACGGCCAGUUUGUGGACGGAAAUGGAAACUAUCAACCGAGUGGCACAUAUCGCACUGUGACCCGAGACGGAAUUUUGGGACUGAGCCCUUUCCUCCGAGAAAAGCUAGUGCAGAGAUUGCGAGAAAUGGAGAAGCAGUGA